GUCUUUCGGUGCUGUUCCCCCUCCCGUGCUCUUCUUCCCCAGUCCGUUCCCUCCCUUCCCCCUUUGCUCCUCGGUCUCGGGGUUCUGCGGCCUCGGGGGUGGCGGUAGAGAUGGAGUAAGCGUUCGGUGGCGGCCAGGCGCGCGGCACGAGCAGCCACAGCCCGGACGCAUUGAGGGUGCGAGCGGGGGACGGGCCCCAGCACCGCCCCUCCAGGUAGCCGGCUGCUGCGAGGUUACUUGAACUACCAAGUCCUGCAGCCAUGGAGUCCAUGCUUAAUAAACUGAAGAGUACUGUUACGAAAGUAACAGCUGAUGUCACUAGUGCUGUUAUGGGCAAUCCUGUCACUAGAGAGUUUGAUGUUGGGCGACACAUUGCCAGUGGUGGCAAUGGGCUGGCAUGGAAGAUUUUUAAUGGCACAAAGAAGUCAACAAAGCAGGAAGUGGCUGUUUUUGUCUUUGAUAAAAAGCUGAUUGACAAAUAUCAAAAAUUUGAAAAGGAUCAAAUUAUCGAUUCUCUAAAACGAGGAGUCCAACAAUUAACCCGGCUACGACACCCUCGCCUUCUUACUGUCCAGCAUCCUUUAGAAGAAUCAAGGGAUUGCUUGGCAUUUUGUACAGAACCAGUUUUUGCCAGUUUAGCCAAUGUUCUUGGUAACUGGGAAAAUCUACCCUCUUCAAUCUCUCCAGACAUUAAGGAUUAUAAACUUUAUGAUGUAGAAACUAAGUAUGGUUUGCUUCAGGUUUCUGAAGGACUGUCAUUUUUGCAUAGCAGUGUGAAAAUGGUUCAUGGAAAUGUCACUCCUGAAAACAUAAUUUUGAAUAAAAGUGGAGCCUGGAAAAUAAUGGGGUUUGAUUUUUGUGUGUCAUCAAGCAAUCCUUCUGAGCAAGAGCCUAAGUUUCCUUGUAAAGAGUGGGACCCAAAUUUACCAUCAUUGUGUCUUCCAAAUCCGGAGUACUUGGCUCCUGAGUACAUCCUCUCCGUGAGCUGCGAGACAGCCAGUGACAUGUACUCCUUAGGUGCUGUUAUGUAUGCUGUGUUUAAUAAAGGGAAACCGAUAUUUGAAGUCAACAAGCAGGAUAUUUACAAGAGUUUCAGCAGGCAACUGGAUCAGCUGAGUCGUUUAGGAUGCAGUUCUCUUACAAGUGUACCUGAGGAGGUCCGUGAGCACGUGAAGAUGCUGCUAAACGUGACUCCAGCUGUGAGGCCUGAUGCCGAUCAAAUGACAAAAAUUCCUUUCUUUGAUGAUGUUGGUGCAGUAACACUUCAAUAUUUUGAUACCUUAUUCCAAAGAGAUAAUCUCCAGAAAUCACAGUUCUUCAAGGGAUUGCCAAAGGUUCUGCCGAAGCUGCCCAAGCGUGUCAUUGUGCAGAGGAUUUUGCCCUGUUUGACCUCAGAAUUUGUAAACCCUGACAUGGUACCAUUUGUUUUGCCUAAUGUUUUGCUGAUUGCUGAGGAGUGCACCAAAGAAGAAUAUGUCAAAUUAAUUCUACCUGAACUCGGUCCUGUAUUUAAACAGCAGGAGCCCAUCCAGAUUUUAUUAAUUUUUCUACAAAAAAUGGAUUUGCUGUUAACCAAAACCCCGCCUGAUGAGAUAAAGAACAGUGUCCUACCAAUGGUCUACAGAGCCCUGGAGGCUCCUUCCAUCCAGAUCCAGGAGCUCUGUCUAAACAUCAUUCCAACUUUUGCAAAUCUUAUAGACUACCCGUCCAUGAAAAAUGCUUUGAUUCCAAGAAUUAAAAAUGCCUGCUUACAGACAUCUUCCCUGGCUGUUCGUGUGAACUCCCUGGUCUGUUUGGGGAAGAUUCUGGAGUACUUGGAUAAGUGGUUUGUACUUGAUGAUAUCCUGCCCUUCUUACAACAGAUUCCCUCCAAGGAACCCGCAGUCCUCAUGGGAAUCUUAGGAAUUUAUAAAUGUACUUUUACUCAUAAGAAGUUGGGAAUUACCAAAGAGCAGCUGGCUGGGAAAGUACUGCCUCAUCUCAUCCCCCUGAGCAUUGAAAACAACCUCAACCUCAAUCAGUUCAGUUCCUUCAUUGCCGUCAUAAAGGAGAUGCUGAGCAGACUGGAGUCUGAACACAAGACCAAGCUGGAGCAGCUGCACAUAAUGCAGGAGCAGCAGAGGUCUUUGGACAUAGGAAACCAAAUGAGCGCUUCUGAGGAGACAAAAGUUGCACAUGCGGGAAGUCAGCAGAUUGAUAAGGCUUUUAACAACAUUGGAGCAGACCUUCUAACUGGUGGUGACUCAGAAAGUAAAGAAGAUGGGUUGCAGAAUAAACAGAAAAGAGGAUCACUUACACUUGAAGAAAAACAGAAAUUAGCCAAAGAACAGGAACAGGCCCAGAAGCUGAAAAGCCAGCAGCCUCUUAAGCCCCAAGUCCACACUCCCAUUGCUCCUGUCAAACAGACUAAGGACUUGACAGACACACUGAUGGAGAACAUGUCGUCUCUGACCAGCCUCUCUGUCCCCACUCCUAAGCUCUCUGCUUCAAGUACCUUCCCUUCUGUCCCUUCCACGGGUCUCAGCAUGAUGUUUUCUACACCAAUUGAUAAUACAAAGAAAAAUUUGACAAAUGGCCUCAAUGCCAACAUGGGCUUUCAGUCUUCAGGGUUCAACAUGCCGGUCAACCCAAACCAGAACUUCUUCGGUGGUACAAGCACAGCAGGAGUGGGCACGAUGCCUCUGGGGGCUCCCCCCACUCUGCCAAACUUCAGCUCUUUGGGUGGGCCUCCUGCUGCUGGGAAGCAGACUCAGCAGAGACCCACUGAUAUGUCUGCUCUUAAUAAUCUCUUUGGCCCUCAGAAACCCAAAGUUAGCAUGAACCAGCUAUCCCAGCAGAAGACAAGUCAGUGGCUGAGUCAGUUUGUGCCGCCUCAGGGCGCCUCAGGUGUGGGCAGCGCAGCCAUGGGCGCACAGGUGAACGUGAUGGGACAGUCUGCCUUUGGGAUGCAGGGCAAUCCUUUCUUCAACCCACAGAACUUUGCUCAGCCACCAACUACUAUGACCAGUAGCAGUUCAGCUAGCAAUGAUCUGAAAGACCUUUUUGGGUGAGGUGUUCCAUGCCACUUUUUGGAGGGUCACUGCAGUUUCAAUCGUGGGAAAGCUGAUUGGCAUCGGCAUGUAGCUGGCUUGAAGAAACUGCUUCAGUGGGAGAUGGAUUGUUCCUGUGACAGAAAACAUCUGCUUCUGUGCCAGAUGUCCUAGCAUAGGAAGUGUGUGGAUCCUAACGAGUCCUAUUUUUAACAGCAUGGAGGAUUUUCUCCCUCUUACAAACUCCUUCAGGUUUUUAAAGAUCCAGUCCUUACUAGUCUCAAAGUGCAAAAGGACAACCAACUUAUCCUGAAUAGCAGUUUUUAAAUCAGAUGUUUAUUUUGGCUUGUAAUUCUUCUUGUUAUUAAAACCGUUGAGCUGAUGGUGGCUGGAAGCGCACCUGUUACCUGCCUUCGUGUGCGUUUGUCUUCACGGAGCGGGAAGAACCUUGAUGCUGUGCCCAUUUGUUUGCAUUUCUAUGACAGAGGGUGGGAAUGUGAAGAGAAGGAUUGGGUCGUUGGCCUUUCCAGUCUUAUUUUCCAUAGAGACAUAUGCUUGGUACAAAACACAGUAAAAAUGCUGCAAAAUUUAACAUUUUAAUUUCAUUGGUUUAAAAAGCAUUAAUCAUUUUAGAUGCAGACUAAUCGUUGUAAAUGACAUUCUAGCAUGAUCUGCCUCAUAGCAAUGUAUUUUUCUGCCUUUACUUGAAUAUAUUUAGGAUCACUUUCUUCUCUGUUGUAUCACAGAGAGCUGUGUACUGAUUUGUACAGAAACCAGACAAAGCACUCUUUACACGAUUUCUCAACUACUGCCUUCAUACUUGAUUUUGAAUGCAAACUUGUGAAGUUGCAGCAUAUAUAAAUUACAUUUUCAAAAGGAGAUUUGUAAAAACAAUAAUAAUUAAACUAUAUUUAAUGAAGAAACUUUUCAGAUUUCUGCCAUAUCGUUUCAAGUACAAUAAACUCUAAAAUGAGCGGGUCACUGGCUACCAACAGGUUGAAUGUUAGCUUGCUGUGAUAGCCCAGCCUCGCUCAUUACUACUGCU